AUGCCAUGUUCAGUUAUUCAAAUAUCCCUGUCUUCUCAGUCCCUCAUCUUGUUGGUCUUCAACAACACCAAUGCUCAUCCUCUGAACUUCCUCCUGACGGGUAUCCCAGGUUUGAGAGUAGCCCAGGCUUGGAUCUCUAUUCCUUUUUGUCUCCUGUAUGUCAUUGCCCUGUCUAGGAAUAGCAUGAUCCUGUUUGUGGUCCUCCGUGAACAGAGCCUCCAUGAGACUAUGUAUUAUUUCUUUUCUAUGCUGUCAGCCACAAACUGCAUUUGUUCCACUACCCUUGGUGUCUUCUGGUUUGAAGCUUGAGAGAUCAACUUAAAUGCUUGCAUUGCUCAGAUGUUCUUUCUCCAUGCAUUUACUUUCAUGGAGUCUGGGGUUCUGCUGGUCAUGGCCUUUGAUCGUUUUGUGGCUAUCUGUGACCCACUAAGAUAUACCACUGUCCUCACUAAUGCCAGGAUUGCCCAGAUUGGGGUGAGCAUGUUGAUAAGGAAUGUUGCUGUCAUGUUGCCCGUUGUGUUUUUUGUCAAGAGGCUGUCCUUCUAGUCCUGUGGUCUUUCACAUUCUUACCACUACCACGUUGAUCUCAUUCAACUCUCAUACCCAGACAACAGAAUCCACAGCAUUCUUGGUCUGUUUGCACUCUUCUCCACAACAGGAUUUGACUGCCCUUGCAUCUUGCUCUCCUAUGUCCAGAUCAUUCGAUCUGUCCUGAACAUUGCUUCCUCAGAGGAGCGGCAGAAAUCCUUCAUCACCUGCAUAGCCCACAUCAGUGCUGUUGCCAUCUACAUCCCUCUCAUCAACUUGUCUCUUGUUCAUUGCUAUGGCCAUUCAGCACCUCCAUUUGUCCACACCAUCAUGGUCAAUGUCUUCCUGCUCAUCCCUCCUGUGCUCAAUUCUAUCAUCUACAGUGUGAAAACUAAUCAGGUUAGAAAGGUUGUUAUCAAGGUCUUAAUUCAGAAGCAGCUCCAAAUCUAA